AUGAAUGAUGAUAACGGUGAUUUCAUUAAUAGUAAUAAGAGCACAAUUUCAAGAUCACAUUGGAAAGAUACGUCAUCAUCAAGUUUAAAAUCCUUAGAAAGUGUGGGUUCUAGCAGAGGAGAUACAAAAAUGAUGGAUGAAGUUAAUAAUCCUAGGUAUAAUAGAUCACAUACUCUACCUCAUCAAAUUUACUCUACAUUAGAGAAUCAAAAUUUACUUAUACGAUUAAGAAAUGAGAAAUAG